GCACAAGCGCAAGGCGAAUAGAGGGCUUCAAUCAACCCUGGCGAGCAAGGAAAGGAGACGGCUGAGGAAGAUGGGUAUACAGCCAGACGGGGAGGAGGAGGGGAGUGAGAGCGAGGAAGAAGGGGAGGAGGAGGGAGGGGAGGAUGGGGAGGGGAGAGGUGGAGGAGAUAAGGCGAAAGACCUGAAGCUGAAACACUAUCAGAUUCGGGCCCAGGAUAUGCUGCAUCAGCAUCUGGACAGGCUACUGGAGAUGACUGUAGCUGCUGCAGAGAAAGGAGUAGGGGAAGAAGGGGGAGGGGAAGGGGGAGCAGAGGAUGCAGUCAAUG